GAGGCCGGGAGGCUCAGCGCGAAGGCGCCGCGACGGGAAGCAGAGAUGAGCGACAUGGUGGAGAGGACGCUGACAGCCCUGCCGGGGCUCUUCCUGCCGAACCAGCUGGGAGGGCCUGCCGCCUCCAGAGCACCCUUCUUCUCCAGGCUGGGCGGCCUCAUCCGCGGCGUCACUGCCCUCUCGUCCAAGCACGAAGAAGAGAAAUUAAUCCAGCAGGAACUGAGUAGUCUGAAGGCAACUGUUUCUGCUCCUACUACAACACUGAAAAUGAUGAAGGAAUGUAUGGUGAGACUUAUAUAUUGUGAAAUGCUUGGAUAUGAUGCUUCUUUUGGUUAUAUACAUGCAAUCAAGUUGGCCCAACAAGGAAACCUCUUAGAAAAAAGAGUGGGUUAUUUGGCUGUUUCUUUAUUUCUACAUGAAAGUCAUGAACUUUUGCUUCUCCUUGUGAAUACAGUGGUGAAGGAUCUGCAGAGCACUAAUCUGGUAGAAGUAUGUAUGGCACUUACUGUUGUCAGCCAGAUUUUCCCUCGAGAAAUGAUCCCAGCUGUUCUUCCCCUAAUAGAAGAUAAACUUCAACAUUCUAAGGAGAUUAUACGAAGAAAAGCAGUUCUGGCAUUAUACAAAUUUUACCUCAUUGCCCCUAAUCAAGUACAGCAUAUCCAUACUAAAUUUCGGAAAGCACUCUGUGACAGAGAUGUUGGGGUCAUGGCUGCCUCUUUGCAUAUAUACCUUAGGAUGAUUAAGGAAAAUUCUUCUGGAUAUAAAGACCUGACUGAGAGUUUUGUAGCAAUUUUAAAGCAAGUGGUGGGAGGAAAGCUCCCAUUUGAGUUCAGUUACCACAGUGUGCCCGCACCGUGGUUACAGAUUCAGCUCUUGAGAAUACUGGGACUGCUGGGGAAAGAUGACCAAAGGACAAGUGAAUUAAUGUAUGAUGUUCUUGAUGAAUCCUUACGAAGAGCCGAGUUAAAUCACAAUGUCACUUAUGCCAUUCUGUUUGAAUGUGUACACACAAUUUAUUCUAUUUAUCCUAAAUCAGAAUUACUUGAGAAGGCUGUCAAGUGCAUUGGAAAAUUUGUUCUGUCACCUAAAAUAAACCUCAAAUAUUUAGGACUGAAGGCUCUUACCUAUGUUAUCCAGCAGGAUCCUUCUCUGGCUCUUCAACACCAGAUAACCAUAAUUGAAUGCCUAGACCACCCUGAUCCCAUUAUUAAAAGAGAGACCCUGGAACUUCUUUACAGGAUUACAAAUGCACAGAAUGUAGUAGUUAUUGUACAGAAAAUGCUUGAAUAUUUACAUCAGAGCAAAGAAGAGUAUAUCAUCAUCAAUUUAGUUGGCAAAAUAGCUGAGUUGGCUGAGAAAUAUGCUCCUGACAAUGUGUGGUUUAUUCAGACAAUGAAUGCUGUGUUCUCAGUGGGAGGAGAUGUAAUGCACCCUGAUAUUCUCAGUAACUUCCUGAGACUGCUAGCUGAAGGUUUUGAUGAUGAAGUAGAAGAUCAACAAUUAAGACUCUAUGCAGUUCAGUCGUAUCUUACUUUACUAGACAUGGAAAAUACUUUCUAUCCACAGAGAUUUCUUCAAGUUAUGAGUUGGGUGUUAGGAGAGUAUUCCUAUCUCCUAGAUGAAGAAAGUCCAGAGGAGAUUAUAACCAGACUCUACAAGUUACUUAUGAGUGACUUUGUUUCUUCAGAAACAAAAGCCUGGUUGAUUGCUGCAGUGACCAAGCUGAUGCCUCAAGCUCAUUCUUCUCAUAUAGUUGAGAAAUUAAUCCAAGAAUUCACUGUAUCCUUGAAUACAUGCCUGAGACAGCAUGCAUUUGAAUUGAAACAUCUGGGUGAAAAUGUAGAGCUUAUGAAGAGCUUGCUUCAAGGUACACAGAAUGGUGAAGACAUAGUGGCAGAUGCUUCUUUAUCUUUUCUGGAUGGUUUUGUGGCUGAAGGACUCAGUCAGGGAGCAGCACCUUAUAAGCCCCAUCACCAGCGCCAAGAGGAGCAGCUCUCUCAGGAAAAAGUUCUCAAUUUUGAACCAUAUGGACUAUCCUUUUCUUCAUCUGGCUUCACUGGACGACAGUCUCCUGCAGGCAUUUCUCUGGACUCAGAUAUAUCUGGAAACAGUGCUGAAACAGGGCUGAAAGAGACAAGUAGCUUGAAGCUGGAAGGUAUAAAGAAAUUAUGGGGUAAAGAGGGCUAUCUCCCCAAGAAGGAGAGUGGAACUGGUGAUAAAAUGGAAGCCCUGCAUGUUCCUGCAGAGGGUGCAACAAUGGAGAAUGUAGAACAAGCCACAGCCAGAAAGGACCAAGCCCAAGGCCUUACCCAGUCUACAGAGGAGAAAGAAAAGCAGCUGUUAGCAUCAUCAUUAUUUGUUGGACUAGGACCAGAAAAUACAAUCAAUUUGUUGGGAAAAGCAGAUGUUGUGUCUCAUAAGUUCAGGAGGAAAUCAAAAUUCAAGGUAGCCCAAAGUGACAAGACACCCCGUGCUCCUAACCAUACCUCCUCCACCCUUAGCACUUUGUCCCAUGUGGCUGGUGUCGAUGAUGUCGCUCUAAAUACUUUGGGUGGAGGAGAAACUGAACUUAGUUCAGAGCUUUUGGGUUCUGAGCCUGUUUCUGACUCAGAGCUGCCCUCAGUUGAAAAACUCUCAAGUAUCAGCUUGCCUGCACCUUCUUUGUUUGCUGAUAACAACAUGGAAGUUUUUCACCCUCCUUCAUCAUCUGCAACUUCAACUGUCCAGGAAAUCAAUUUAGCUUCUUUGUUGGAAGAAACUCAUGAGUGCAAGCAUUCAAGUCUUGUGGAAGUCUGUAGUGAUGAAAACCUAUCAGUGUCUUCUUACAAAAUCUGGAAGGAUGAUGGUUUAUUGAUGAUCUGGUCAGUCACCACUAAGACUGAUUCAGAGUUGACAGAUGUUCAGUUAGAAAUUUCUCCUGUGGAAAAUUUCAAGAUCAUUGAGCAACCUGGAUCCUGUUUGCCUGUGAUGGAACCAGAAAGUACCAAAUCCUUCCAAUAUGGUGUGCAGAUGGAAAGCCCUUCUGUAGAGGGGACGCUCUCUGGUUUUAUAAAUUAUCAGAUAUUAGAUUCACAUUCUCUUCAAUUAGAAUUUUCCAUGAACUUAUCAUUGUUAGAUUUUAUCAGACCAUUAAAGAUCUCAACUGAAGACUUUGGCAAACUCUGGUUGUCCUUUGCAAAUGAUGUGAAGCAAACUAUAAAGCUAUCAGAGCCUCGAGUUGCUCUGGCCUCUGUCCUAAUGGAACUGCAGCAGAAACUGAGACUCCAUGUGAUUGACGUCGUAGGCAAUGAAGGGCUUUUGGCCUGUAAGCUGCUUCCGUCCACCCCCUGCGUCCUGCACUGCCGAGUGCAUGCUGAUGCGGUAGCCCUGUGGUUCCGAUCCUCCUGCUCUGUUCUUUCUGACUAUUUAUCGUGCCACUGUCAAAAGACACUGACGGAAGAGACCAAGAUGAGUACUGAGAGGAAAUUUGGUGUGGUGGUGGUUGGUGUUGGCAGAGCUGGCUCCGUGAGGAUAAGGGAUUUGCGGGGUCCACACUCUUCAGCAUUCCUGAACCUGGUUGGAUUUGUGUCCAGACGAGAACUUGGGAGUCUUGAUGAAGUGCGGCAGAUUCCUUUGGAAGAUGCUCUCUGCAGUCAAGAGAUUGAUGUCGCCUAUAUUUGCAGUGAGAGUUCCAGCCACGAAGACUAUAUAAGGCAGUUUCUUCAGGCUGGCAAGCAUGUCCUGGUGGAGUACCCAAUGGCAUUGUCAUCUUCAGCGGCCCAGGACCUGUGGGAGCUGGCUGCACAGAAAGGGAAAGUCCUGCAUGAGGAGCAUGUGGAACUCUUGAUGGAAGAAUUUGCGUUCCUGAAAAAAGAAGUGACGGGGAAAGAACUCCUGAAAGGGUCUCUUCACUUCACAGCCAGCCCACUGGAAGAAGAUAAAUUUGGCUUCCCUGCGUUCAGCGGCAUUUCUCGCCUGACCUGGCUGGUCAGCCUCUUUGGGGAGCUUUCUCUUAUUUCUGCCACCUUGGAACACCGAAAAGAAGAUCGGUAUCUGAAAAUGACUGUGCAGCUCGAGACCCAGGACAAGGGUCUCUUGUCAUGGAUUGAAGAGAGAGGGCCCGGCUUCAAAAGAAACAGAUAUUUAAACUUCCAAUUCAAAUCUGGGUCCCUGGAGAAUGUGCCAAGUGCAGGAGUCAAUAAGAACAUCUUUCUGAAAGACCAGGAUAUAUUUGUUCAGAAGCUCUUGGGCCAGGUCUCUGCGGAGGACCUGGAUGCCGAGAAGAAGCGCAUCCUGCAUUGCCUGGGACUGGCCGACAACAUCCGGAAGCUCUGCCGCCCAGAGGAGUGAGGAGGGGGCUUCACAUACCUCUGAAAUAGGGCCGAGAUCUUCUUAACAGUUUGCCUUUAGCUCUGACAAUUAAAUAUGGUGGAUAAACAGAA